GUCCCCACCCAGCCUGGCAGGAACUUCCGGCUCCGAUUGCUUGGGUCUUAUGUGGCUUGAGUGGGGCCCGCGGAGCCGGGAUGGUUCUGCUGGAGAGUGAGCAGUUCCUGACGGAGCUGACCCGGCUCUUCCAGAAGUGCCGGCUGUCGGGCAGUGUGUUCAUCACCCUGAAGAAGUGGUGCAUUUUUCUUGCAGAUGAUGGCCGAACUAAACCCAUUCCAAGGAAAGGUUCAGUGGAGGGCUUUGAGCCCUCAGACAACAAGUGUCUGUUAAGAGCUACUGAUGGGAAAAAGAAGAUUAGCACAGUGGUGAGCUCCAAAGAAGUGAAUAAGUUUCAGAUGGAACAAGUGUCCCAUGGUGUUAUUUGCUUUAUCAGGCUUAUUCAAACCUAUUGAGAGCAAACAUGGAUGGGCUGAAGAAGAGGGACAAAAAGAGCAAGAGUAAGAAGAGCAAAGCAGCACAGUGAAGGCUCCAGAUUCCCUGCUUUCACCAACUAACCACCACAUUGCUAUUUUUCCUUUGGUUUUUCCUUUUGGCCACAAAACUAGGUUUCUGGUUCCCCUACAUUGUUUUCAUGUGAGAUUAUGUUCAUUUUGGACGGAAGAAGAGCUGUGAUGUUUACAGGGUAGUUAUAAGAAGCCAGUUUAUUUUAGAUCUGGCUAAUUGGUCUAUGUUGCCUACUUGCAUAUUCCUGGAUUUUAGUUAAAGACUCUGCAGGCAUCUGUGUGAAGAACAAUGCAUCAUUAAACCUGUCUAUUUAUCAGCACUGA